GACGUUACAUUUGCGAAAGCGAGCGCGCAGAAUCGCGAGGCAUCAUUUUCCGCGCGCUUUUGUCCGUUCCGUUUCGCGAGGCUAAAAUUGUGCGCGCGAAGGUGAAUGAAUCCCCCCGUGAAGCGGUGAUCGGCGAUCGUGCUCGAAUAACGCUAAUGGGAUCUCAAGCUUGCUACACACCGCCUAACGUCUCAGUCAGCUGCUUGACUCCAUCGACGCACAGACGGCGCUAAGUUCAAACGAGGAACUCUCCAGAUCCAGCUGAAAAUAGACCUGCCGAUAGAAAGGAAAGCGAGAGAAGGGAUUCCUUCUCUUACGUAAGCGCGAAAAUAGUGUCACAUAUAAUUUCUCCGUAUCAGCUGACGUGUAGAAUCAACGUUUCACAUCAAGAUCAAUCGAAAAGUGGAAGGUCGAAACUCCUCGAGAGGUGGAUUCGCACGAAAACGAAGCCGACUGUUGAAUCUGACCUUCGCUUCGCCGGCGGCGUACGCGACUGAUAAACAACGAUAACCCAAAGUCGACGGAUUGCGACUAGACCAGAGAUUCGGUUGACGUUCCAGUUCAUUUUUGUACAGCGAGUCAAUUGCUGAAACGAUAAGGUCGCGAGGAAUGAUAAAGUAUACGUACUACGAGUCGAUUGGCUGGUUCGUCAGAUAAAUAGAAUCUGGGACAUGUUGCUCGUCGUGCACAAGGCGUCGCUCAGUCGGCUGCACGAACUUUUCGUGAGAAGCACGUCACGCACUCGCACCGCCGCUGUCAGAAUGGCGUCCGUCGCAUGCUACGAUCGGAAGGUCGCGCCCAAGCACGAGGUCGUCAGGUUCAUCGAAGAAUGCAUGUGCAAGGUGGGCGCGACGCCGGAGGACGCGCACGUGGUCGCGCAUCAUCUGAUGACAGCGGAUUACAGAGGCCACUUCAGCCACGGGAUGAACAGGAUGCAGAUGUACGUGAACGAGAUCGAGAGUAGGACCUCCGAUCCUGCCGCUCGACCGCGGGUCGUCACCGAUUUUCAGGCGAUCGCUCUCGUGGAUGGGCAGAACGCGCUGGGCCAGGUGAUCGGCAAGUACUGCAUGGAAAUGGCGAUCGAAAAGGCGAAGAAGUUCGGCAUCGGCAUGGUGGCGGCUCGCGGCUCCAACCACUACGGCAUCUGCGGCUACUACAGCAUGAUGGCGAUGGAGCAGGGCCUCAUCGGCUUCAGCUGCACCAACACGAGUCCUUUGAUGGCGCCAACGCGCAGCAUGAAGGCCGGCUUAGGGACGAAUCCGUUGUCUUUGGGCAUGGCCGCGUGCGAAGGGGACGAAUUCGUCCUCGACAUGGCGACGACCGCUGUAGCGCUCGGUAAGAUUGAGCUGGCUAUUCGAAAGAACGAGGAUAUCCCGGAGGGUUGGGCGCUCGAUUCCCAAGGGAAAGUGACGCGAAACGCUCAAGAGGCUUACGACGCCGGGCUGAUAAUGCCUGUCGGCGGUACCGAGCAGACUUCCGGCUACAAGGGCUACGGUCUGGGUCUGAUGGUCGAGAUACUCUGCGGAGUACUCAGCGGAAGUCAGUUCGGGCCGAAUAUUCGAACCUGGAAGAGCGGCGACCGCGUCGCCGAUCUCGGACAGUGUUUCAUGGCGAUCAAUCCGGAAGCGUUCGCGCAGGGAUCCAAGGAGAGACUGUCGACCUUACUCGGACAGCUGAGAGGCUUGCCGACUUCCGGCCAGGAGCCUGUUCUGAUCGCCGGGGACCCCGAGAAGCGGCACAUGGAGAAGGUUGACAGAGAAGGCGGGAUCGCGUAUCACCCGAAUCAGCUGCAAGCUUCGGAAGAGUUUGCCAAGCACAUGGGUGUGCAGCCGAUGAAACUCGUCUCUAAGUCUGCUUAAGUCUCUUUUUGUAGGUAUCAGCGAGGAGUUCCGUUAUUCUCUUAAAGUGAAUCAGUGAAGCAACAUUGAAAGCAAAUAUACACUGCUCAGUGCUAUAUUUAUAACUACCAUCAAUGACUGUUCACUAAUCCACUUUAAGAGAGUAGCUAUGCACUUUUUCCACCUUGAAUCCUGCUUUCCUAUCUAACACCUUGUUUUGUCUUCACUCACGCGCCAUAAUAAUGACGCAUUUUUUGAAGGGAAGGGAGUUUAGAAAUAUAACAAAAUAAAAGAAAAAUUAUUACA